AUGGUACAUCAAUUUAGGGUUGCAAUAGGACAACUUUGCUCUUCAUCUAAUUUGCAGAAGAACCUCAAGAUCGUCACGCAAUUGAUCUCGAAAGCGAUUGACAAAGAUGUAAAACUGAUAUUAUUUCCAGAAGCUACAGACUUUUUAUCAAGAAAUUCUGCACAUUCACGUUACUUAGCAAGUCAUACUUCGAAAUUUAUUAGUGAUUUACAGAAUAAUAUACGAAUGUUGGUUCAACAGAAGUCAAAAAAAAUAGAUGUUUCCAUAGGUGUUCACUUACCACCAUCUAAACUAAUUGACGAUUCAAGAACAAGAAAUGUUCUUUUAUACAUAAAUCACAAUGGUACGAUCAUAGAUACAUACCAAAAACUGCAUUUAUUCGAUGUUGAUAUCAAGAAUGGACCAAUACUAAAAGAAUCACAAUCUGUGCAAGCAGGGAUGAACCUACCGAAUGUGAUUGAAACACCAGUUGGGAAAUUAGGGACAGCAAUCUGUUAUGAUAUAAGAUUUCCAGAAAUGGCAGCGUACUUGAGAUCUAAAGGUGCCCAACUACUUUGCUACCCAAGUGCAUUUACUAUGAAAACAGGUGUGGCACACUGGGAAACGUUGGGUAAAGCGCGUGCCAUAGACAACCAAUGUUAUGUUAUAAUGCCCGGACAACAAGGCAAGCACAAUGUUUAUGACGAUGAUUGGAAGGACUCUACUGAAUCUGGCACUAAAACUGUAGAACGCCAAUCAUGGGGCCAUUCAAUGGUUAUUAACCCAUGGGGAGAAAUAGUAGCAAAAGCGACUGAAUCAGAUGAACCUCAGUUGGUAAUAGCUGACCUUGAUCACGAAUUAAUGAACACGGUAAGGCAAAAUAUGCCAUUACUAAGUCAUAUGAGAAAGGAUAUAUUUUACAAUUAA